GACCGGAUCAGCUGUGCGGUUCUACGGACGAAUGGACGGCAACCUUGUUUCAUUGUUGGCCCGCGAAGCAUCCCCACCACCAUCAGACUAAACCGCUGCACUCGAAAUCAUUUGCACGUCGUAUAAUGAAUAUUGCCCGCUACUCGUAUAUUACAUGAUGUAGCUGUAUACAACCAUAUACAUAAUAAUAUAUAGUAUAAAUAUAUAUAUAUAUAUACGAGUGCGUGCGCGAAGACAAUUUUUUUUUUCCACUCACCUUUCGAUGCUGUUUUUUCAUUCUAUCAAUCCGUGUGGAUCAAAGACGCACGCAUACACGCUAUAAUCACACUUGCGAAGAGUUUCUACGCCUUUCUUAAUACAAUUAUUAUUUUAAAAUAUAUUUUUUUUCUCUUUCUUAAAAGUCAUUGUUGUUAUCGUUGUUAUUGUUUCGCUUUGUAUUGUUUUUUGUUUUUCUUACUACCAUCGCAUUCACGUACCGAGAAGACUGUGCAAUCGCAAAAAACGGAACAAAUAUAUAAUAACUUUUUUUUUUUUGCUGUAAAAUUUAAGUACACACGCGGCAUUACAUUAUUAUCAUCCGAAAACGAAACUGUAUCUCACAGUGCUCCAUAGACUACACGGGACUAUAGUACAAUAUCGGUUUACGAUUACGUUAUUCUGUUCUCCGUAUACUUGUGCAUUUAUACAUUAAUAUUAUAACAACGGCAAUAAUAGUAAUAUUAUUAUUUAUAGUUGUCAAUUAAUAAUGCGCAGUGCGUCCGUCGUUGUUCAAAUCCGUGUCACAAUGCGCAUUCUGUGAAUCGUACACGGUUUUCUUUUAAUUUCCUCGUAUUUAAUAACGUAGUGGUCGUUGUGGUGGUUACACACCAACAACACUUUCAAUAUUAUAUUCACUGUGAACUCGAAACGCAUUUGUAUUUAUGGCUAAUAAUCAGAAUCUGUCGACGAGCGCCCACAGAGCCCUAGCGCACGAGUACAAAAGUCUGCAAGAAGAGCCCGUCGAGGGUUUCAGGGUAAAAUUAAUCGAGGACAACCUCAGAGAAUGGGAAGUAGCCAUAUUCGGUCCCCCGGAAACCCUGUACCAGGGAGGAUAUUUUAAGGUAUUUACGUGAAGUGUCUAUUUUUAUUAAUCAUACUAUGAGUAUAUCGUUGUAUGACAAUUAACCAUAUCCUAAAUAAAAUUGCUUUAUUUAUUUGUCUGACACUUCUUAUUAUAUUGUUAAGUAGGUCAUCAAUUCUAUUCUAUCAAUCAUUCUAUUUAGUAUUUAAUUACCUCAUUGUGGGAUUUCUUAAUACUUUGAUGUUAUUUUGAUACCUCUAAUCUCUUGAAAAUCUUUCAACAAGCUGAUUCAUAUUUUUAGUUUACAGUUGCAAUACUAACCUAAGAGUUGCAAUUAACAUUUGUACUAUUAUUUUAAUAAAACAAAUUUUAGGUAGUUAGCAAAAUUAUUUUAUUUAUUUAAUAAUUUACCUACUAUUUAUUUUGAUUACAUUUUGCUUACUGCUUCAUGUUUUAGUUAGGUUAGUUACCUUUUCUUUAUUAAUCAAAUAUCUAAAUUAAAAAUGUUACAUUAAAACAUUUUAUUUAUUUCUAUAGGCACAUAUGAAGUUUCCUGCCGAUUAUCCAUAUUCACCACCAACUAUAAGAUUUCUGACCAAAGUAUGGCAUCCUAAUGUGUAUGAGGUAUGUUACUUUAAUUGCAUUACUAUUAAUAUAAUUGUGUAGGUAUGUAUGAUUAAUAAUUAGUUAAAAAUUAACAUAUUUUAAAUAUAAAGAAAAUGACAAAUUAUGUGCAAUAUUUAAUUGUCACUUAAUGUUUUGUAAACUAAUCACUGUAAAUUGUGUAUUGGUUAUUUUAAAUUUAAUAACCAACCUUUGUGUUCUGAGUCUUGAAUUAGGUACACAACAAUAAAUAUAAAACAUUUGAAAAUAAUGUAUCGUAAAUACCUGAAAUAAUUACAUUAGGUAGUGGUUAAUUUUCAAAUAAAUAUAUUUUGUAUAUUCCUUAAAUUAAUUUUAAAAAAUAUUUUUAUAUUUUUAAACUUUUGUAUUUCUGUUUACUAAACUCAAAAUCCUGAAAGCAUUAGUAACUGGUAAUUGAAUAUGACAGAAAAAGGAAAAAAUAUCCUUAAAAAUUAUUCUUAAGUCUCUAAUAAAAUCAAUCCUAGUUAAAAUAGAAUUACCUAAUCUAUAGUUAAAGAAUUUUUCAGGAAAACAAAAUAACCUCACACUUAUUUAUGUUAGGAUGUAACUCAUUUACAAUACUCCAUUCAUUUAACUUUUCAAUGUUCAACAGUAAUUUAAUACAAUCACUCAGUGAGUUUAUAAACGAAAAUACUUUAACACAAUCAGUGAAUAAUAGAAGCUGUAUAAGGGUGUCGAAAACAUUGGGCUAGUUAUUUAUAAAUAAAACAAAUAAUAGAGGACCUAAAUUAAAUCCUUGCGAUAUUGUGGCAUGUACUUUAAUAUCAGUAUAAGCUACUGAAACCAAUUUUACAACUUGAGAACGAUUUAUUAAAUAUAAUUUAAUCCAAAUAUUUUAAUAUAUUAUAAAAAAAGUUUUCUAAGUAAAGCAAGGUCAAUGUCCUUAAUUCUUCCUAAAAAAAAUUGAUCUUAUCAAAUGUUUUUUUAACCUAAACUAUAGUUUUUAUUUCAUAUUUGUUCAACUGAGUGAAGAAAUUAAGCUUAAUUUAUGUUUAUAUUGUUUUAAAAUUAUUAACACUAGAGAUCAUACACCUUAAGGAAAUGUUCACUUGGGAAAUGAGAAUGUUUCUAGAGAAAGUUAUUUUCUCAACAAUUUUCAUCAAAUAAUAUACUUUCCCUGCCAUCAUUUUUUUUUCACUUUUUAAUGCACAUAUUAUUCAUUAUGUUCUAUCAAUCAUUUUAUUAAAAUAGUUCUUAUACUACACAAACAAUUAAGACAAAAUUUGUUGAAAUUUAAGAAGUAAAAUGUGCCAUGGUUAUAUCUCUGUUAACAGAUACAAGGAAUUAAAAAUAAUUGUGGAGAAUUAUUUUUUAAAUCUAAUAGAUAUAUAUAUAUUGUAAGAUAUAGUGGUAUAUCAGAAUUUUAGUUAACAAUUUUUUUUUCUGAGUAAAAAUAUAGUGAUUUUGAUUCGUUUUGGUUAAAAUGAAUUCCGCCCUCUCCACAGAAAUAAACUUGUCUGUGUUUUGAAUACUAAAACAUUAAACUUACUAUGCGGGCACAACUAGAUUACAUUUAAAAAAAAUCCUAAUUUCAUUAUCUAAUUUAAACACAAAAACAUUUCAGAUAAAUUAAAAAAUAAUACUUGUUUCAUAUUAUUAAACAUAACAUUAUUUUGACACGGUCUAUUUUCAAUGUUUCCCAUCAUGCACUACUUUCUUUCACAUUUAAUUUGUAUUAGAGUUAUCUAAUGCAUCUAUUUAUUGUUCUAACUUUAAUAAAUAAACAUUAUUAUAAUUUAAAUAUAUGCUUCAAUGAAUAUAUUGUUUAUUUUAUUAUUGCACUACGUGCUAUUAAACAAAAAUUUUUUUUCGUUUAAAAUUUGCUAAUACAAAAUAUUAUGUUAUAAACAUUAUUUUUAACAGCUUAUCUAUCAUUUUACUCUUCCUAUAUAGGCAGUAUAUAUCUGGUAAAUGUUAAUAAUUUAUUAUAUUCUUUGCAAAGCAAACUGUUACUAAUUAUAACUUUUAAGUAAACAUGAAAUGUUUAUUUCAUAAUUUUAAAUCCAAAAAAUAUAAAUAGUAAUAAAGUUAAUAAUAUUAAUUUUUGUGUGUAAUGUGUACCAAACUGGAAAUAAAUUUUACUUAUUAUAUAUAUGUAUAUCAAUUAUUAGUAAAUUUAUUAUCGAUAGGUAUAUUGUUUAUGUAAAAGUAAAACAUUUGUUUAAAUAGUUCAAAUUAAACAUUUUACUUAAGAAAUAAAUUAAACUUGUCUUGUUUAAAGCAAUAUAGCUCUUUUUAUUAAUAUAGGUAUAAAUAAUCAUAAUAAUUAAUAUAUAAUUUAAAUAUUUAGUUUAAAAAUAUUAUUGAAAUUAUUUCAGUCAUAAUAACAUCAUUAAACUUGUUUUAAUGUCAUAAAGCUAUUUUGUCUUUCUGCAUGUCAGGGACAAACGUAAGGAAAGCCGUACAGCCCUAUAGGAGGUCACUGUCAAGUUCUUGUCCUUUUAAGAACAAAAAUCAGUUAUAUUACUCGAGACACUACUACUGUGUACUACACAAAUACCUGUUUAGUUGUACAUCAAGGUGAUCAUAUUAAAAUGAUAAGUAGGAUUUUGUUAGUGGCCCCGAGAGAGUUCAGUAUUUAUUCGUUAGGUAAGAAGGUCAUGUUGUGUGCCAAGAAAUGCCCAUUUAAAUUUUUUUUAUAAUUCUAUAGAUUAUUAUUAUUAAUAUUAUUAUUAUAGGUACAAAAAUACAGAAGGUUAUAAUUUAAUAAAAUAAAUUAAUAUGUAUCCUACAUUAUAGAAUUAAGUAUUUUUUAACUGAUAUUAAUCUAUAUUUGGCUAAUAAACAACAUUAUUUAUUCAUUGUCUAUUGCUCAUUAAUUAAUUAUGACAUUUUAUGAUAAUAAUUAUCAAGUACCUAUAUUUACAGGGUGGUUUAAAAUUUGUUAUAUCUAUUUUAUCAGAAUAGAGAAAAAUAUAUGAUACAAUAGUUUUUUGAUUUAUAAACGUCUAAAAUGUGUACAUUUUUUGGGGGGGAGCGACUUUUGAAAUUAAACUGAAACCUCAAAAUUCCAUAAUUAGGUGGAGUAUUAGUUAAAAUAAAUUUUGGUUGUUGAAAUUUUUGAUUUUCAUCAACCUGUUCACAAGUUAUUCCACUUUUUAAUUUAAGUAUGGGAAGAGAGUAGAUCAUGCGCUUGUGUGGUGACAUGAAACGGGUGCAGUGUUUGAAUAGUGUUCCAUAUAUUUAUGGUAUUUUGAACAUAUGUUCCUAUUUUAAUUUUAAAGUUCACUCCCAACUCUUCCCCUCUAAAAAAAAAACAAAUUUUAAAUGUUUAUAAAUUGGAAAAACUUUUACACCCUACAUUUUGCUCUAUUUUGAAUAUUUACAUGAAAAAUGGCAUAGCUGUUCAAAAAAAAAAAAAAAACAUAUAUAAAGCCGAUAUACCUAGCUGUAGGAAAUAAAAAUAAUAAUGGUGACAAGGCUGAAUAAUAAUAUAAGUUCUAACAAAAAUUCCAAACUUUCGAAACCAAAGAAUCAGUAUGACAUGAAUGAGAUUGAAAAAUGAAAGAUAAUUUUUUUAACAGUGAGACCCGAGAUUUGUUCCAACUGUUAAAUUUGGAUGAAGUUUUCUUUUAAAUUAUCCAUUGAUUUGAUUGAUGCUCUUAAAAUACAUUCAUUGUUGUAACCAAGUUACGAGUCGUGAAUGAUUCAGUAGAGUGAGGUAUUAAGUUAAUAGAGGAUUAUAAUUAUGCUAUUGACAACAAGGUAUAAAAAAAAAAUAUUUGUUUUGCAAAUUGUUAGUGACUAUUAAGAUAACAAACCUUGAUCUCAAACUAUAACUACCUGCACAUUACCAAGUUACCAAUGUCUAAAUUUAAUUCAAUAAAUCUAAUAAUUUAUUUUUUAUAACUUAUUUAUUACUAUUAUUAUUAUCAGCAUUAUAAUAAUUAUAUAUAUAUAUUCUGUUAUUCAUUAUAUAUGUCAUACGAAUAAAUAAAUAGACUAUAGAAAACGUUUAACAAUUGUAAGAAAGCAAUUUUUACACAAUUAUAUAACCAAAGGAAAAACAAAUAUUAUAUUUAAUGCUAAAAUUAUACAAUCACUUGUAUCAUAUUUAAUAAAUUGUUAAUAUAUUUUUAGCUCUAAGUCUGUAACAUGUGAUCAAAUCAAAAAAACACAGCUUACAAUAAGUUUAGGAAAUGUAGUUUAAAAUAAUUUCGUUUUUUAUUUUAUUAUAAAUAGUUAAAAUGAUAUGAUAUAUAAAACAAAACACCAUUUUGCUGGAUGUUGUUUUGAGCCUUUACUUUUUUUUUUCCAAAAAUUGUAACUAUGUCCUUAAUAAUAAUGUAAUAACAUUGAAAAUAACAUUUAUUAAAUACUAAUAAAAUUUGUUACUUGAUUUUUGUGAUGGAUGCAUGUUUUUAAUUUAAAAAAAAAAUAUUGUUAGCUUUUUUUGUAAAAAAAAUGUCUGAACUACCUAGCCGAGAAUUGUAAACGAAUGGAGAGAAAGGUACAACAAAUAAUUUAGAUAUUUAUUUUUAAAGGUCGCUCUAAAUUGUUACCUGUUACAUUAAGACAAUAAACACAAAUAUAACUUCUUAAUAGAUUUAUAUAAGAAUUAAAUAGGUAUUUAAUAAUAUUAUACUCUGGUAAUAUAAAAAUAUUGUUUCUUAACAUAAACAAUAUUAACAAUUAGAAUAUAAAAAGAAAAUAGAAAUUAUGAAAGCGUGAAAUUGUGUUACUUUCUCAAUAGUACAAGUGAAAAUAUUUUCACACAUAAUUCUUAGAUAUUAUGAAAAUUGAUCACGGACGUGAUGAGGACGUGAUAUCUACCUAACUUAAAGAUAUUUUAUGAUUAUCUGUACAACUAUAUCAGAAUUUUUUUUUUUAUAUAUUUUAAUUUUAAAGUAAAAUAUGAUAAUGUAAAAAAUCAAAAUGUAAGAAUGCUUUUAUCUCUUAAAAAUUAGAAUAUUAAAAAAAAUUACACUGCUGCACAAAUAUUGUUCAUAUCCUAAAAUUGUAUUAUACAAUUUAUUCUAAUAUUAAAACUCACAGCUGGGCUUGCCCCUGCUGAACGUGAAUUAGCUAUUAUUUGUUUGUAAGACAUACAUCACAUUCUCUAAUAUAACGCACCUAUUAAUUUAACAAGUCUUGUAUUUGCAAAUUAAUCUUCUGUAAAAUAAUAAUUAUUGAUGUUUUGACUCAAAACAAUCAUCAAAAUUGUAUUCAAAAAAUAAUUCUAAGUACUUACAAGAUGAAUUUGAUUAACUCAUUUUUAUGUAUAAAUUAUAUAAUUAUCUAGAUCAAUGAAUUAGUUCUCAAAUGAUAUAACACUAAAAAAUACUGAAAUAUGAAAUAUAAAGUAUGACCUAAAAUUUCAUUUCAUAAAAUGAAAAUAUGGUUUUUUUGUUUAUUAUUUUGUACUUCCUAACAAUAAUUUAGUAAUUUUAUAUUAGUAAACUAUUUCCAAAGAGAGCCGUUCAGUGUCACUUAAGUUGGUGAAUGAAAUUGGCAAGGGUAGUGUUCUGUCCCUCUGUUUGUUUAGUUUGUUUAGCUUUGUGGCUUGUCUUGUAAGGUAGUUUUGUUUCCUUUGUUCUUACUUAUUUCCAUUAAAUUUAAAUGAGAUUUAAAAUACAAAAUAAAUUAUACUUAAUGCUCAUUUUGCUAUUUUUAUCUAUAUUCCAGAAUAAUUAACAAAUAAUAUAGAAUUUGAAACCUGGUAAUAAUAAUUCAAAUUUAUAAAAAAAAAAAAAAACUUUAUUUUUCAGAAUGGUGAUCUAUGUAUUUCAAUACUUCAUCCACCAAUAGACGAUCCUCAAUCUGGAGAGUUACCAUGUGAAAGGUGGAAUCCUACCCAAAGUGUCAGGUAACAUACAAAACCUCAAGCUCUUAACUCCACUCUUCCACGCCAUGAACUCAUAUGUAAAAAUAUACAAAUAUUACAAAUUUAAACAUUAAACAGGGCUGUUACUUGCACACUUUUAUUGACUUUAUUUACUUAUAUAUAUAAAAAAAACUUUAUUAAAUAUUCAUAAAGCUGAGUUGUCAAUGGACUCAAUUUACUUAUCAGUACAAAGUUUAUAGUUAAAACAGGAAGUGUACAAUAAUUAAAUAACUUAAUGAAUAUGGUGUAAUAUAGCUUAGCACUAACGUAAUAAUAAUACAAUAUCGAUUAGGAAUAUAAAUGAAAUUGAAUUAUUCCCAAUGUGACAAAUCUUGACCAGUUUUUGGUCAAGUAUGAUACCAUGAAUCCUGAAAAAGUUGAGGAAAGAUGCUGCUGUUCCCCUAGUACCAAACCAUAAACCAUUCAUUUCCCAAUCACUAAUCUGGUAUUUCUGCACCAUAUAUCAGAUACAAUAAAUAUAAAUUGUCUGUUUUUCUGCAUUUGCAUUCUCAUCCUGGAUUAAAGAAUGUUUGUCUCAACAAGUUGUUGGGAUGAAUCCCUGGUUCUUUUUCCUAUCAAUAACAACAAUAAGCAAAUACUUUAGAAAAUUAAAGAUUCAUUUGAUUUUUUACCUAUUACUAGUGUAAAUAGAGCAUGGAUUAUUUUUGAAAUGUAAUGUAUGAUAAUUGACGAAUAAAAUACUAAGAUUAGUGUUUAAUUUAUCUCAGGGUUGUCAGAAAGUAUAUAUAAUAAUUAUAAAUAAAUAUAAGCAAAUAAUAUGCAAGUUGUCUUAUGUGCUUAACUAUUUGUAGAAUCCAUGUAAAGAUAACAAUGAUGAAUUAGUAGAUUUAAAAGCCUUGUUUUCAAAUCCCAAUAAAAUUUUGAUUAAAAAGCAAAUAUUAAAUAUGAUCAAUAUUUACCUUCAGAUAAAUAAUGAAGAAGAAUAACUGAUACAAUACAUCAAAUAAAUGUUGAAAGAAAAAUUGCCAAUUCAAAUCUCAAGUUGCUGGAGAAAAAAUGAUUUAGUGAAAAAUAAUUUAACUAAAGAUGAAUCUAUACAAAAAUAAAGGAACUUGUAGUGUGGGUCGCUCUUAAAAUUAGGAUUUAAAUAUCUAAUGGCCAUUCCUUUCACUAACAACAAACUAUAUUGUGCAUUUUCAGCAGUUUAUUAUAUUGGAAACAAGUUGAGAUGCGUCUUAAGAGAUAAAACAUUAUAUACUUUGCUGUUUCUCCGAUCAUAUUUAAAAAAAUACUUAUGUCUAUAAUAUUAAAAUUAAACAUUUUUUUUUUCUGUAACUUCAUUAAUAUUAAAUUAUUAAAAUGUUAUUAAAAAAUAUACUUGACUAAUCAAAUCAAUUUUCAAAAUAUAUUUAUCUUUUUGAAAUCCUAAAUUUUAAUUGUAGUCCAGAGAUUAUGUGGUUAAGGAGUGUAUUCUUAUUGAUAAUAUUAUUUAUUUAUAGUUGCAAAUUUUGUGAAUGGUAUGUAUACAUAUAGACGAAUUUCCCAAAAUAAUUUUAGUUUUUUUUUCCAUUUUUACUGGUACUAUUAUUAAAGACAGUAAAUAAACUAUGUGUAAGGAAACUAGAAAAAAACACUGCAAGUAUUCAAAUCCUUAUUGAAAUAAUACUUAUUAAUAACUUUAUUAAAAAAAACCUAAAGUUGAUUGAUUUAUAGCCUAGAUCCCUAUGUUAAUAUGUAAUCAUAAUAAUAUAUAUAUAUAUAGAUAUUAUUAUUGUAAAAAAAAAAAAAAAACAAUAUAUUAUUGAUUGUUUUGAUUGGAAUUCUUAUUCUUAAAAUGUGGUAUAUUAUAUUUUGUUUCAUUUUUAUUAAAAAUAAUGUCUAUGUACUAAUUAUUUACUUUUAAAAUUACUCAUCCAUUAUAAUCUCUUUUUAUAGCUAUAUAAUUGAGUGGCAGUUCUGAUUAAAUCACAAACUAAAUAUAUACAAAACCAAUUUUUGCACACAUUAUUUUUUUAAAAAAAGACAAUUAGUUUUUAAAUUAUAUUGAUAAUAUUUUUCUUCCGUCUAUAGGACAGUAUUACUUUCUGUAAUUUCUCUUUUGAAUGAACCAAACACAUUUAGUCCUGCUAAUGUUGAUGCUUCCAUCAUGUAUAGGCGGUGGAAAGAUUCUAAAGGCAAAGAUAAAGAAUACGAAAAUAUAAUUAAGUAAGUUGCUUUUAUUGUAAACAAAAUUGUUUAGUUAUCUAUUAUAGUUAAUUAUUAAAUAAAAUAUUUUGUGUUAUUUCAGAAAACAAGUGGUAGUUGGCCGAUUAGAGGCUGAAAGAGAUGGUGUCGUGGUUCCACUUACUUUAGAAGAUUAUUGCAAAGUGAGUCAGACUGCUCGUUCAUCAACUUCAGCUGCUGCAAUGGACAGUGAUUUCUAUGUGGAAGACUACGAUUUAGAUGUAGAAUCUGAUGCAAACUCUGAAGAAGAAUAUCAGGAUGAUGCCACAGACAGUGGUAAUGGUGAAUCCUGAAAUAGGGUAUUCGUAAAACCUGUACCAUAUUUUAUAAAAACUGACUUAAUAAAUAUGGAUGUACAUUGUUUGCGAUAUAAUAUGUAAGCUCGUAUGGUUUAAUACGUUGUGGUCAACCGUCUCUUUACAUGUGAUCAUAAAAAGAAAUAUUGAAAAGCAAUAUGUGACAUUAUUCUUAUAUCCUGCAGUCACUUAAAUACGGUAGUCUUUCAUAUUAUACAUUUAUAUAUAUAUAUAUAUAUAUAUAUAUAUAUUUAUUUUUAUUUUUUUUUGCUUUCUCCAUAUUUUGAUGUAUAACUAUGUAUAAAUUUUAUUAUAAACUACUAAAAAUAAUUAAUAAUAAUAAUAAUAAUAACAAAUAAUUCUGUCAGCUUAGUUAUUAGCUCUUUUUUAGUUCAACCUGUAGUAUAUAUUAUUUAUUCUUUUACCCUAAUCCUUAAAAUUACUCUAAUUUUUUCUCUCACUUCUUCCUUGUCUAAUAAUUGUAAGUAACUUUAAUACCACUGUAAAUGUUUAUUCAGAUAUAGUGCUACAUUUUGUAAAGAUGGUACACAGAACUUGACAUAUACAAUUGUUUCAUUGUAUGCAAAAAAAUAACAUGAACUAUUAGAGAUUGAAGAAAUAUUGAUCUUUUGUUAAAAUUCAUUAUUUUAUUUAUUAUUAUUAUUAUUAUUAUUAUUUUUGUUAUUAUUAUUAUUAUUAUUAUUUUAAUUAAUUCAAGUUGUCGGGUAACAUAACUAUUUUUUUAAGAUUUUCUCCAAACCCAUUUUGGUGACAUGUAAAAAUUGUAUUUAAAAUAGUAACUUUACAUUGAAAUUAUUUAAUAUAUUA